GCUGAGCGAUCAUUAAAGAGGCAAAUGAUUACGAGCAACGUCCAGCCAGUCCAACGUAGAACACAGACAAAGGACACAACUGACACUGUAAAGGACAUUGCACAUCAGCAAGGAUACAAUUGUUACAAUUUGAACAACACAAGGAUAUCACGCUCAAGGAAACAAAUAUACUCAAGGGAUUGAAGCAAUUGGAUAAACUUUUUAAAGUUCCAAAACAAGAGAAACGUAAAAGGUAAGAAAUAAGACAUUAUAUUGUUUAGAAGUAGCACAAACGAAGACAAUGUAUCAUUAUUAAUCAUUAGCGAUUUUUUUCAUGGGACUUUUGUAUGUACAAUUAUGCAACAGUUGAAGGAUUCCGCUCACUAGCCUGCUCGACUUUACUGGAACUGACCGCGUGUGACUGAGGCCGGAGGGCAGAGAUACAAAAAAACUUUCCUGUAAAUGAGUAGGACAGAGUACACGGUAGCUUAAUUGCAAAUCACGUCUAUUCUACUGAAUAUAAUGUUUUCACUCUCACCUUUCACAUACAAUAGCCAUAUAGGCGAUUUGUCGUAAAAAUUAUGGUUAUAAAUAUGUAGCAGUGCGUAAUUGGAGUGACGAUAGCAACAUGCGCGGUGUCGAAUCAUAUUUACUUCGUGUGGUUCUCAAUAGUCCGCUACAGAACAAAAAAUAGCCAGGGCCUCAUUGGUAAAAACGUUCCACUAUGUAACUAGAGAAGUUUAAUUGGAAUAUUUGAAAUUAUAACCAAAGCAUAAUCUUUGCCUGAGAGCUAAAUGGGUUGAGAAGUAUUAGAUUACUCUCAAUCCUAAAACAAUUACACUAUAAAUAAACUUUUUAUCGACUGUUAUGUAUUUCUAUAAUUAAAAUGAUAGAACUGGAUAUCUUUUAGUGAUAAACUAAAUGUCAGUUAUUUGGAUCAUAUUGCCAAAUGCCCUGAGGUCCACUUUGAGCCCAAAUCACUCCACUCUGAGCUGAUACUUUGGACACUGAUGAUUUUCUCUGCUUUUUCUCCAGGACAAUCCUCUCCAGACACAACAACAACAAAACUAAAGGCCUUGACCUCUGUAGGGAGAUUCGUGACCUCUACACUCCGACCUCCUCCUUCUAGUCUUCUGUUGCUGUGUGGUGCCCAGUGCUCACCAGGCAGGUCGCAAAGAAGCGGUGCGCAGCGCCAUGGUAGCCCACAGCCAGUUUGACUCCGUCAUGACAGCAGCACCCUUCGACACCACCAUGCGGCUGCCUCACCGUUACAAGACCUUCAGCUCCAAGGUGCAGUACCAGCUCGUCGUCACCACCCUGCACAAGCUCCAGGAGAGCGGCUUCUACUGGGGCUCUAUCAAUGGCAAGGAGGCCAACGCCAUGCUGGCCGCCGAGUCCGGCACCUUCCUGAUCCGCGACAGCUCUGACAACCGACACUUCUUCACGCUCAGCGUCAAGACGGCGUCUGGCACCAAGAACCUGCGCAUCCUGGACUCCGGAUCCUUCUUACUCCAGACGGACCCCAAGAGCAUGCAGGCUGUGCCCCGCUUCGACUGCGUGCUCAAGCUGGUCCACCACUACAUGCCACCCACCAAAGGGGCUUCGUUGGUGGAGAAAAACACGAGGGGAGGGAACGCCUCCUACUACAUCUACUCUGGAGGGGAGAAGAUCCCUCUGGAGCUCCUCAAACCUUUCUCCUCCACUAUGUCCAGCCUGCAGCACCUGUGUAGGAAAACAGUCAACGGACACCUGGACAUAUCCAGCAAACGGGACCAGCUUCCCCACCCGCUCAAAGAGGUCCUGCAGGAGUACGACGCGCCCAUCUAGGCCCCUCUCUGGACAUGUAGUGCCUCGAUGGCAUCAGACUUGAUAAAGGUGUAUGAAGGGGACUUGGGCCGGUGUGAGAGACAGUGUGGCAAUACCCCACAGAACUGGGGGGAAAUAUGACUGUCUGAUCUGUGUCUUAGAGGGAUGGUUCACCCACAUCAGGGUGACAAGGCAGAGGGGAAGCAGCAGCAUGAGUCAGUCUGAGAAAAUAGAAGAAGAUGCUUGUAUUGUGGUUCUCAUAAGGGCUGUACUGUACCUAUCUCCCAAGCCCAGAAGUGAUAUAACGUUACCAUGAGGAGUAGAGCUAUACUGGUCCAACGUCAGCCAGUCACUCUCAAACAACCAAAAGACAAGAGGUGGGCGUCGUCAUCAGACUUUCCAGUCUCUCAUUCAUGCAGAGAGAGAGAAAGGAGGACUGGUUCAUUGAGAGGCUGAACGGACAGUCGGCGUGCUGCUAAUGUGUGUCAGUCAGGCCUUCGAUUGGACCAGA